AUGACAAAGUGAAAUAACCCUAAAUCAUACCUUUUUUUAAAGCUUUUUUCACAAAAUAAUAAAAAUAAUAAAUAUAAAUAAACCAGAAAUGGCAGAAUUGAGAGAAAAAUGGAGUCUUAAAGGCACCACUGCACUUGUUACUGGUGGCUCCAAAGGCAUAGGGUAUGCUAUAGUGGAAGAAUUGGCAAAUUUUGGAGCAAGAGUAUAUACAUGUUCACGUAAUGAAAAUGAACUUCAACAAUGCCUUGAUAUUUGGAGAAAAAAAGGACUUAAAGUUGAAGGUUCUGUUUGUGACUUAUUAUCUCAUAUUGAACGUGAAAAACUUAUGAAGACUAUCGAAGAUGUAUUUGAUGGAAAGCUUAAUAUUUUGGUGAAUAAUGCAGGGGUGGUGAUAUAUAAAGAAGCUAAAGAUUUCACAAAAGAAGAUUAUAAUAUAAUUAUGGGAACUAAUUUUGAAGCUGCUUAUCAUUUAUCUCAAAUUGCUUAUCCAUUAUUGAAGGCUUCUCAAAAUGGAAAUAUUAUUUUUGUUUCUUCUAUUGCUGGAUUUUCAGCAUUACCCUCUCUUUCUCUUUAUUCCGCUUCUAAAGGUGCAAUAAAUCAAAUGACAAAGAACUUGGCAUGUGAAUGGGCCAAGGACAAUAUUAGGGUCAAUUCAGUUGCUCCAGCAGUCAUUUUAACCCCACUUAUUGAAACAGCAAUUAAGAAAAAUCCUCAACAAAAAGAAGAAAUUGAUAGUUUUGUUGUUAAGACUCCUUUGGGCCGGGCCGGAAAGCCCGAAGAAGUCUCAGCAGUAGUAGCUUUUCUUUGCUUCCCAGCUGCUUCUUAUAUUACGGGCCAAAUUAUAUGGGCCGAUGGUGGAUUUACAGCUAAUGGUGGGUUUUAACUUUGGGCUUUGUAAUCUAUUGGGCCUAUCAUGGGCCCAAUAUUAUUUAAACAAUUUCUAUGUCCAUGUGCUUGUGUUCUUCAACUACACACUUCCAUUUUCAUGUGUUUGUUAUUUGGGUACCUCAUCGAAAUUUCGUAAGUUUACGAGGUAAUUGUUUAGAUACAUGAUAAUUUUUUUAUAUUAUGAAUGUUAUCAGAUUUUGGUACGUUUAGAUAUAUGUAUUUCGUGAUACUUGGGGACAAAAAUAAUUGUAAUGUGUUUUAGAUAUAUCCAAGUGGAUUCGUUGGGAUACAUAGACAAAUUUCACCCGCCUCCCUCUCAUCUCGCACAUCACUCUGGUAUCCCAAGUACAUAUGAAUCACAUUAUUUAUAUACAGGUAUCUAGUGUGAUUGGCAUGUAUAUGAGAUACAUAGACAAAUCUCGCUUGCCACUCUUGUAUUAGUUGUUAUCUCAUGUACAUGUGAAUAAUGUCAAAUACAUAUAGAUACAUGUAUUCAGUGCAAUUAGCAUGUAUUUAGGAUACAUAAAUAAAUCUCGCUCAUUUCUCUUU